UGUAACAGGGGUGUUGCAGACCCCAGUGGAACAUGCAAGGCCAUGGGAUUGAACUCCUAUGCUUGCGAAUCUUUCAGGAAGAAUAACGAAGGGUCUGUGGCGGACGAUCCUGAUGCAAAGGGAGGCUGCGAUAAUGGCCCAUUGGAACUCUUUCCGGUCGGACGCGACGUCAAGGGGUUCGUUGCGGAUUCUAAAGACUCAAUCAUAUUGGGUCCCAGCCCCUUGGGUGCUAUUUUCACAGCAUUUAUUGGAUGUGCAGAAUGA